AUGGCUGACCAGACAAACGGAACCGAAUCUCAUGUGACGAUCCAGCGGCGAGCUCACUACUCACCACCAUGGGCGGAUGUCAGCAUUAUUGGCAUUGCAGGCAGCUCGGGCUCGGGCAAGUCUACUCUGUCUCAUGCCAUUGUUAGGAAACUGAAUCUGCCCUGGGUGGUGAUCUUGUCCAUGGACUCUUUCUACAACCCCCUGACCCCCGAACAAUCCAAGAAGGCCUUCGCCAACGAGUUUGACUUUGAUUCGCCAGAGGCCAUCGACUUUGAUGUACUUGUCCAAUGUCUCCGAGACCUCAAGGCAGGAAAACGGGCGGAAAUUCCCAUCUACUCCUUCGCAAAGCACCAGCGCAUGCAAAACACCACAACCAUCUACUCGCCUCACGUUCUUAUCCUGGAAGGCAUUUUUGCUCUCCACGACCCGCGCAUUCUGGAACUGCUGGAUAUGAGAAUAUUCUGCGAGGCAGAUGCUGAUACUUGCCUAUCUCGACGAGUUCUCAGAGACGUUAAGGAGCGUGGCCGAGAUGUCGAGGGCAUCAUGAAACAAUGGUUCACGUUCGUGAAGCCCAACUUUGAAAAGUUCGUCGAGCCGCAGCGCAAAGUUGGAGACAUCAUUGUGCCAAGAGGUAUCGAGAACCACGUGGCGAUGGCCAUGGUCGUUCAGUACAUCGAGAGGAAAUUGAUCGAGAAAUCGACCCACCACCGCGCAGCCUUGACCCAGCUGGAGCUGGCCGCCGCCAGCGAGCCUCUAUCCGAUAGGGUUGUCAUCCUGGAUCAGACAUCCCAGCUGAGGGGCAUGAGCACCAUCAUCCAGGAUAUCGACACCUCAGGCGAAGACUUCAUCUUCUACUUUGACCGUCUUGCCUGUCUCUUGAUCGAACAGGCACUCAACAACGUGAACUUUCAAGAAAAGACGGUCGCGACGCCCCAAGGCUACAAGUACAAUGGCCUUGUGGCUAAGGGAAAUGUAAGUGCAGUGCUCGUUCUGCGAGGCGGAGCCGCCUUCGAGACAGCACUCAAGAGAGUCGUUCCGGAUAUCAGGACGGGCAGAGUCCUCAUCCAGUCUAACGUACGGACGGGUGAGCCCGAGCUCCACUACCUCAAGCUUCCCGACAACAUCGACGAGCACGAGGCAGUCCUGCUGAUUGACACGCAAAUGGCCAGCGGCGGUGCGGCUCUCAUGGCGGUCCAGGUCCUCGUCGACCAUGGCGUCGCGCAGGAGAAGAUCGUGCUGGCCUGCUACGCCGCCGGAAGACUGGGAGUCCACCGUCUGGCAAAGGUGUUCCCCGGCAUCACAAUUGUGCUCUGUAAUAUGCUUGCGGACAUUGAAGAUCGCUGGGUUGAGAAGAGGUACUUCCGGUGCUAG